AUGGAAGUACAUCGUAUAGAAAUUGAAGAGAAGCCCUAUGGACGUCGAAACCGAUGUAAAGGUGUUCCUGAACGGAUAAAGAAGAAGGUUAAGGACAAUGAUGCUGCAAACGUGAAGCGUGUUAGAGGAAAAUUGAGGAAGAAUGGUGGAAAUGGCGUUAAUUAUGUGAAGAAAAAGAGUAGGGUCGUUAAUAUGACGAAUAAAAUGGACAUUGAUAAGAAAAGACCUGAAAAACACAUACCUGACGACCAAAUGGUAAAUCUAGAAGUCAUUGAAAGCGAUGUGAAUAUUAGACACAUGGAUUUUGAUGGAUGGGAUCGAAAAGAUGAAACAAAAAUCGAAGACCUACCUGGUGUGUUACCCGAAAUUGAUAAAAACAUGCCUACAAUAAGUCAUAGUGCAUACGAUAAUGAAAAAGAGCCGACGAAACCUGUAAAUAAAGAUGAAAUCCCUUGUGAUGAUGUUGCUGGGAAGUAUAGGGACGUAAAUUCCAAAAUGACGGUUUUCAAUGCUGAGUAUGAUGGAAUGUUAGUGUUGGACGACGUUGAAAAAUAUGAUAAAGUUGAAAGAUCGUGA